UAAUCAUGGACCUUGGUCAUUUUGGUCAAGACGUGAAAGGAACUGACUUACAAAUGAUGAGUAAUAACCUUACUCUAAUGUAUCGUCAAAUGAUUACCAAUUCACCAUGUCCACAACUCUUUUUUGGUAAGCCAUAUUGUACGGAAGUUGGACCCAAACCAGGUCAGGGAGCUAUUGAAAACAUCCCUCAUACUCCUGUCCACAUUUGGGUUGGUAGUAAGCCUAAUGAGAAUAACUGUAAAAAUGGUGAGGGUAUGGGAAAUUUCUAUUCAGCUGGUAAGGAUCCUGCUUUCUAUAGCCAGCAUGCAAAUGUAGAUCGCAUGUGGACAAUAUGGAAGACAUUAGGAGGAAAACGCAAGGACAUCAAAAAGCCAGAUUAUUUGAACACUGAGUUCUUCUUCUACGACGAGAAGAAAAACCCUUAUCUCGUGAAAGUCCGUGACUGUUUGGACAAUAAGAAAAUGGGAUAUCAUUUCCAAGCAAUGCCAUCUCCAUCAUUAUAA